CUAUAUUUAAAUUUUUGUUUAUUAUUUUUUUUAGAAUGUAAAAUUUUGAUAACCCCAAAAUGCGUUUAAAUAAAGAUACAAUAAUUAAUGGUAAAAAUGUUGUUCUUGUAUCCUAUAAAAAAGAACAUGUUUUAAAGUAUCAUACAUGGAUGGCUGAUCCAGAGUUACAAUUAUUAACUGCAUCCGAACCUUUAAGUUUAGAAGAGGAAUAUCAAAUGCAAAAAUCAUGGUUAAAUGAUUUAGAUAAAUGUACAUUUAUAAUAUUAGAAAAAACAAUUUAUGAUGGUACCGGAGAUGAAAUUGCAGCAAUGAUUGGUGAUACAAAUCUUUUCUUUAUCGAUCCAGAUAAUAAAAAAUUAGCCGAAUGUGAAAUAAUGAUUGCAGAGCCAACUGCACGGGGGAAACGUCGUGGCAUGGAAGCAAUGUGUUUAAUGUUUUAUUAUGGUAUAGAAAUGUUAGGGGUAGAAACAUUUCAAGCAAAAAUUGGUUUAGCCAAUGAGAAAAGUAUUAAAAUGUUUACAAAAUUAGGUUUUACUGAAGUGGGUCGUAGUGAAAUUUUUAAAGAAGUUACCAUGCUGCGUCUGGUGGAUACCAAAUGGAAAAAAUGGUUAUAUGAACAGAUACCGUUUUGUAAAAUGAAUAUUAAAUAAUUUUUUUUAAAUAUAA